GAACUCAAAUUCGUAUAUAUAGCCUCUCCUUUCCCCACUAUUUUCUCCAACAUCAACAUCGUCUCUACAUUUUCCCAACAAAUUCGUUUCUCCUUGCAUUUGCCAACUGAUUCCAAUCAAAUUCAGUUCAAUCCCAUCUGGGUUUUUUUUUUUCGUUGAAAACACCAUGAUCUCUUCACUCAGCCUAUCUUCUACUUUCGCUUCCUCUGAACUUCUCAACCGAAAAUCUCCGAUUCCGAGGCUGAAUCUUCCGGCGCAGUUUCCGAAUCGCAAUGCCCUCAAACAUCUCGAUCGAUCUUUUUCUAUCAACAAACCACUUCACAUCUCAUCCGUUGAUAAUCUUUCUUUGCCCGUAAAAUCGUUUGGGCGUUCGACGGAAUGCAGGGCGUACGAGGCCGAUUCGCGGCGUUUGCAGAUUAACGUUGAACUUCCUGAAGAACAGGCAGGUCAGAAACUUAAGAUUGGGCUGUAUUUCGCCACUUGGUGGGCUUUGAAUGUGGUGUUCAAUGUAUACAACAAGAAGGUUCUUAAUGCGUUCCCUUAUCCAUGGCUCACCUCCACUCUCUCCCUCGCCGCUGGAUCGUUUAUGAUGCUCGUUUCUUGGGCCACUAGAAUGGUGGACGCUCCAAAAACCGAUUUGGAUUUCUGGAAAUCCCUGUUGCCGGUGGCGGUGGCGCAUACUAUUGGGCAUGUUGCAGCAACUGUGAGCAUGUCCAAAGUCGCUGUCUCAUUCACUCACAUAAUCAAGAGUGGGGAGCCGGCUUUCAGUGUGUUGGUCUCCAGGUUUCUGUUGGGCGAGAUGUUUCCAUUGCCUGUUUACUUAUCUCUUAUCCCUAUCAUUGGAGGCUGCGCUCUUUCCGCACUAACUGAGCUCAAUUUCAACAUGACUGGAUUCAUGGGAGCGAUGAUAUCGAACUUGGCAUUUGUGUUUAGAAACAUAUUCUCAAAGAAAGGGAUGAAGGGGAAGUCAGUGAGUGGGAUGAAUUACUAUGCUUGCCUUUCAAUGCUGUCUCUGCUCAUUCUUACUCCUUUCGCCAUUGCUGUGGAGGGACCCAAGUUGUGGGCUGAAGGAUUUCAACAGGCUCUCUCUCAAAUUGGUCCCAAUUUCAUUUGGUGGUUGGUAGCUCAAAGUAUGUUCUACCACUUGUACAAUCAAGUGUCAUACAUGUCUCUUGAUCAGAUAUCUCCAUUGACAUUCAGCGUAGGGAACACAAUGAAGAGAAUAUUCGUAAUAGUGUCGUCCAUUAUCAUCUUCCGCACGCCUGUCCGACCCAUCAACGCCAUUGGAGCUGCCAUUGCAAUCCUUGGAACCUUCCUCUACUCGCAGGCCAAGCUGUGAGAUGAUAAUUAAGGAGGGUUAUAUAUGUUUUGAAUAUCUCUGUUGUGAGAUCUGGGAAGUUGAAAGAAGGGUGCAGUUUGAUUAUGAUUUAGAUUAUAUGCUUGUAUGUAGUCAGCCACAGGGAGUGAGGGGAUUCUCGUUGGCGUUGAAUUAUGUAUACUACAUAUCAACAGGAAGAAGAGUUCCGAGAUAGUUACUUUCUGAGGCGCAAUAAUUGGUAACGUUAUUUAUUAUUAUUGUUUCAUUCCAUUGUGCGUAGUAGUAGUACAUAGCUACAAAUCAUACUUUAUAUGGGUAACCAACCAUUUUAGCGGUUGUAUUUGAAUAAAGUCGGUGAGGUUUGAGCUA